AUGGAUGAUAUAGACCAAUCAGAAAUAUAUGAUCCUUCGAUAAAUUCAUUCAGUCAAGUUGGUUCUGUUAUUGAUCAUCCUCUGUUCUUGCAAAGUGAGAUACAAGGUUGCCUUGAUGUUGGUGACCCUAACUAUGAAUGUUCAAUUUGUGGCGCGUGUUUCUGGUUAUUAGAACGUGUUGAAAGAGAGUCUACAGUUAAUCGUCCUGUUUUUACUGUUUGUUGCUCAAAGGGAAAAAUCCAGUUACCUUAUCUUCAAAAGCCCCCAGAUCUGUUAUAUGAUUUGAUCAAUGGACAUGAUAGGAAGAGUUUGUAUUUCCAAAAAAAUAUUCGAUCUUAUAACAGUAUGUUUGCCUUCACGUCUCUUGGCGGUAAGGUAAUGGAUUCUGUGAAUGAUGGGAGGGGUCCACCACAGUUUAUAAUAAGUGGUCAAAAUUAUCAUCGGAUUGGAAGUUUGCUCCCAGUUGCUGGUGAGAAGCCCAAAUUUGCACAGUUAUACGUAUACGACACUCAACAUGAGAUAAUGCAUAGGCAGCGAAUUUUUGGGCAAACAUCUGAGAUAGAUAAAGAGUUGAUAACUGAGUUGUUGCAAAUGAUCGAUACUCAUAAUGUCAUAGCACAGUCUUUUCGAAGAGUUAGAGAAUUAUAUGAGUGUCAUCCAUCUGAGAUUUUCUCAUUGAAGUUGUAUUCGCAACGGAACGUUGAUCGAAGAAUGUACAGUGCUCCCUCUUGCGAUGAAGUUGCUGCUUUGAUUGUUGGAGAUUUUGAUUCGUCGGACCAUGGUCGUGACAUUAUUGUUCGAUCUACUGGUGGUCGGUUGCAACGUAUAUAUGAAACUCAUGCUCUGUAUUGGCCCUUACAGUAUCCUCUGUUGUUUCCGUAUGGCGAGGAUGGUUAUCAGCCUAACAUUGGUUAUCGUGGUCAACAGCUCGGAUAUGUUCCUGGAAGGAGAACAAGAGUUUCCCUCAGGGAAUUCAUAUGUUUUCGUCUCCAGAUUAGGGAGCACGAAGAUGGAAUUAUUCACAAGUCUAGGCGGUUGUUUCAACAAUUUGUUGUUGAUUGUUUCACGAUGAUUGAGUCGCAGAGGUUGUAUGAGAUUAGAAUGAAGCAAAGUACAAUUAGAGGAGAAGUCCUUCAAGGAAUAGAGGAGGCUAUGCGUCGUGGCGAUGAUGAGGCUUCUUCAAUUGGGACACGAAUCAUUUUGCCUUCCUCAUUCACUGGUGGUAGACGUUACAUGUUUAACCGUUGUCAGGAUGCCAUGGCGAUUUGCAAACAUUUUGGGUAUCCAGAUUUGUUCCUCACUAUUACGUGUAAUCCAAAUUGGCCUGAGUUUCAGCGGUUCACGGAGCGGGAGCGAAUUCCGAUUGCUGAUCGUCCUGAUAUCUCUUGUCGUGUCUUUCAUGCCAAGUUGAAGUGCCUCCUUAAUGAUCUCAAGGAAGGUGUGUUUUUUGGUCCACUUAAUGCAGGUAUGUAUACUAUUGAGUUUCAAAAAAGGGGUCUACCGCAUGCACACAUGCUACUGUGGCUUAAUGCGGAAAGCAACUUACAAAGUGUUGAAAUUGUUGAUGAAUUCAUCUGUGCCGAGCUACCCAAUCCCCAGAAAUUUCCAUCUCUUUAUAAUGUUGUCACCAAGUACAUGAUCCAUGGUCCCUGUGGUCCACUUAGACCGAGUUCUCCUUGCAUGAAAGAUGUGAAGAUCAAUGAUGUCGAUAUCGACAAUAGAUUUGUUGUGCCCUAUAAUCCACUGUUGUUAAUGAAAUACCAAGCUCACAUAAAUCUCGAGUUCUGUAACAAGUCAAACGUUAUCAAGUAUCUAUUUAAAUAUGUUAACAAGGGUCCAGAUCGGGUGACCGCAACUGUUGGAGAGAGAUAUGAUGUUGGUCAAUCUUCUCAAGUGGUUGAUGAGAUCAAACAGUAUUAUGAUUGUCGUUAUUUGUCACCGUCUGAAUCCAUGUGGAGAAUUUUUGCUUAUGAUAUUCAUCAAAGAUGGCCGUCGGUACAGAGGUUGACUUUUCACUUGCCCAACCAGCAACAUGUUGUAUUCGAUGAUGCUGACAUCACUACUCAUGUUUAUUUGCGCAAUAAAGAUUUGUUGACGAUGUUUACGGGUUGGAUGAUGGCCAACAGGCGGUUCUCGGAGGGGCGGUCUCUAACAUAUGUUGAAUAUCCAGGCAAAUUUGUCUAUUGUUUGAGGAGUAGGGAGUGGAAGCCAAGACAAAGGGGAUUUUCAAUUGGAAGAUUGAGUUUUGCUCAUCCUUCAUCUGGUGAACUUUUCUACAUGCGGAUGCUUUUGAAUGUCCAGAGAGGUUGUACUAGCUUUCGAAGUAUAAGAACCGUGAAUGGUGUUACAUAUGAUACAUUUCAAGAGGCAUGUUCCGCUAUGGGAUUCUUGAUAGAUGAUAAUGAGUAUGUUUCUGCUAUUAAAGAAGUCGCUGAGUUAGCGUCGGCUGCGCAGCUAAGGAGGCUUUUUGUGAUGUUGCUGUUAUCUGGUUCCAUGGGAAGACCUCUGUUAGUUUGGGAGCAAACUUGGACUUAUUUGUCUGAUGAUAUUCUUUACCGUAGAAGACACGAGCUGCGAUAUCCUGGUAAGAUUUUUGUUUGUUGUGAAUUUAUUACAAGAUAG